GCCGGGCGGAGGGGGCGGCGGGAGCGCUGCCGGCGCGGGGCCGCGGAGAAAGGGAAAUGGGGCAAGAUGGCUGGAGAAAUCCGAGCGCGCCCCGGGGCGCGGCAGCGGUGGCGCAGGCUGGACUGGGCGGGCGGCGGCCCUGGUUGCGGCACCUUGGUGAGGGGCGGGGGCCCCUCCCACCUCUGCCCGGGAGCCGGCAGGGAGGCCGCGGCCAAGUUCGGGCCCCAGCUGCUGCAGGCAUCUGAAGCCUACACCUAUCCGUGUCGCGUUCGCCCAUCUUUUUUGGAAAUAUCGCAAGAACCGACUUUGAACUCCAGAGGGAUCUUUUCUUUGGAAGUCCCAGAAGAUGCGGCCCUUAAGAUGCACCCGCACUCCACACUUAGGAAUUGCCCGUGCCCGUAGAGGGCAGGAGCGCGGCCCUUUGUACUGGCCAAGAGUCAGCGAACAGAGAAUUUGCAUCCAAGAGGCAAUGGGUCAUUUCCCUGUUAGGGUGGGCCCCAGCAGAUUUCUGCACCUUUUUGGGUAUCCAGGCAUAGCUCUCACUGUGUUUCACUGAAUCCUGGGUUUGCAAAGUCCCUUAAGGUAGAAUGACCCAAUUUUCUGAACCAGCUCGUGGACAGAGCCUUUGAAUUUGGAAAAUCCAGGUGAUAGGCCUACUGAGCCAACCACGCCGCUCAUGCUUAACUGGCUUCUAGCACCCAGUCCAAUCUGUGUUCAGCCACCUUCACUGAUAGGAAAUCAGCACCUUUCCCCUGGGUGGGAUUGGCUGUGAGAAAGUACUGCCUUUCUCACAGCUUAAAACCUUGUUGUGGAAUAUUUACCCACUGGCUGGCCUCAGUUCUGCCCUCCAGUCUCUACAAACCAGUCUGGGUUCUCUUCCCCAGAGAGCUUUUUAAAUAUUUGAAGGCAGCCAGAGACAUCAUCUACCCAUAGCCUCUCUUAUCAUAAUUAAACAUGACACCCUGUAGCUUCCUGGCCGACUCUGUUCCCUUACCUCCCUCCAGCGGUCACAGUGCUUGGGGCAAAAGAGAGAUGGAGUCCGCAGCCUAUCCUCUCAAUUUGACCCUGAAAGAAGAGGAAGAGGAAGAAGAGAUUCAGAGCCGGGAACUGGAGGACGGCCCCGUUGUCAUGCAGAAAGUCCGAAUCUGCUCUGAGGGCGGAUGGGUACCAGCCCUGUUUGAUGAGGUGGCCAUAUAUUUUUCCGAUGAGGAGUGGGAAGUUUUGACGGAGCAACAAAAGGCCCUGUACCGGGAAGUCAUGAGGAUGAAUUAUGAAACCGUCCUGUCCCUGGAAUUCCCAUUCCCUAAGCCAGACAUGAUCACCCGGUUGGAAGGGGAGGAGGAGUCUCAGAAUUCUGACGAGUGGCAACUCCAAGGAGGCACCUCUGCAGAAAAUGAAGAAUCUGACGUCAAGCCUCCAGACUGGCCAAGCCCAGUGAAUGCUACCUCCCACUUUCCUCAGCCUCAGCACUUCGACAGCUUUGGCCUCCGUCUGCCUCGGGAUAUCACAGAGCUGCCUGAGUGGAGUGAGGGGUACCCCUUCUACAUGGCCAUGGGCUUCCCAGGGUAUGACCUCUCAGCUGACGACAUAGCUGGGAAGUUUCAGUUCAGCCGGGGCAUGCGCCGCAGUUACGACGCAGGGUUCAAGCUGAUGGUGGUGGAAUAUGCUGAGAGCACCAACAACUGCCAGGCUGCCAAGCAGUUUGGAGUAUUGGAAAAAAAUGUUCGAGACUGGCGCAAAGUGAAGCCACAGCUUCAAAAUGCCCAUGCCAUGCGGCGGGCAUUCCGAGGCCCGAAGAAUGGGAGGUUUGCUCUGGUGGACCAACGUGUGGCCGAAUAUGUCAGAUACAUGCAGGCCAAAGGGGACCCCAUCACCCGGGAGGCGAUGCAGCUGAAAGCUCUCGAAAUCGCCCAGGAAAUGAACAUUCCAGAGAAAGGGUUCAAGGCAAGCUUGGGUUGGUGUCGAAGAAUGAUGAGAAGGUAUGACCUGUCUCUGAGGCAUAAAGUGCCUGUGCCCCAGCACCUGCCGGAAGACCUGACUGAGAAACUUGUCACUUACCAGCGCAGUGUCCUGGCUCUGCGCAGGGCACAUGACUAUGAGGUAGCUCAGAUGGGAAAUGCAGAUGAGACACCCAUUUGUUUAGAGGUGCCAUCACGGGUAACUGUUGAUAACCAGGGCGAAAAGCCUGUCUUGGUCAAGACACCAGGCAGGGAAAAACUGAAAAUCACAGCAAUGCUUGGUGUCUUGGCUGAUGGGAGGAAGUUACCUCCGUACAUCAUUUUGAGGGGAACAUAUAUCCCCCCGGGGAAGUUUCCCAGUGGGAUGGAAAUCCGCUGCCACCGGUAUGGGUGGAUGACUGAAGACUUGAUGCAGGACUGGUUGGAAGUGGUGUGGAGACGGAGGACAGGAGCGGUGCCUAAGCAGCGAGGGAUGCUCAUCUUGAAUGGCUUCCGGGGCCACGCCACAGAUUCGGUGAAGAACUCCAUGGAAAGCAUGAACACUGACAUGGUGAUCAUCCCAGGGGGUCUGACCUCACAGCUUCAGGUGCUGGACGUUGUGGUCUACAAGCCACUGAAUGACAGUGUACGGGCACAGUACUCCAAUUGGCUUCUGGCUGGGAAUCUGGCGCUGAGCCCAACCGGGAAUGCUAAGAAGCCACCCCUGGGCCUCUUUCUGGAGUGGGUCAUGGUGGCAUGGAAUAGCAUCUCAAGUGAGUCCAUUGUCCAAGGGUUCAAGAAGUGCCAUAUCUCUAGCAACUUGGAGGAGGAAGACGACGUCCUAUGGGAAAUUGAGAGUGAGUUGCCAGGAGGAGGAGAACCACCAAAAGAAUGUGACACUGAAAGCAUGGCUGAGGGCAACUGAAGGGAAAGGGACAGCAAAUGGAACUCUGACUGAAACAGUUGGAGAGGAAAAUCCUCAUGAAGAUUAUUCCUGAAAGUGUGGAUGUACUGGAUGCACCGGGAACAUCAGGAAAAGGGCACAGGGCUCUUAACAGCCCAGGUCCAGACAGCAGCCUGUACAUCCAUCCCAGGACACAGCCCAGCCCCUCCCCGACACCAUAUAAGGUAUCAGAAAAGUCUAGGACCUUCAUUUCAUCAGAGACGUGAUCAGAAAUGAAACUGCUUCUGCCCCAUUUCUUGUUUUGGAGAUUACUCCAUCUGUCCAUCAAGAGAAACCUGUAAAUAUGAACAAACAAAGGUAUUUCCUGGAGAAGAGACAAUUUGUUCAACAGCAACAUGGGACUCGACUCAUGGGCACAACUCUGGUGUCCUUCUAUGGAGAAAACCUCAAGUAAAGUUUUAUUCUGCCUUUGAAAAUGCUUCCAAAAGUAGCACUUCCAAAAAGCUUUGUAGAAAUGUGUCACUUAUGUAUACCUGCUACUUACACAUUUCCUCUUUUGGAAAAAUGAGAUACUUAGGAUAACAACAAAAUUAAAACAUACUGGCCUGGUGCCAGCAGAUGGCUUUUCUAUAGACAAACUGGGUUAGUUUGGAAAAUACAGGUUAAACUAUGAUGUUUUAUUUAUCAUCCCAACCUGAUUGGCAGCUAGACGUUUUUAGGGUCUCAUUUGAUGGCCCUGUUUUUUUCAUUAUUAUAUUUAAUGAUAGGGCAAGAUUUCAUAUGCAAGCUCUUCUGUUUCUCAGGCUGCCUGCAGAAGAAGUCACUAUAAAUUAUCUGCUGUCUACAUGGUACAAGGCCCAUUGACUCAUCUGCUGCUUGUUUUGUUAAUUUCUUCAAUAUUUUUAUCACAGGGGCAGUGGGGGCUUGGGCCUUUAACCACAGCUCUUUCAAGACUUGCUAAUCUCCUGCCCUCCAGUAAUAGGUGGGAGGUCAUUGAAUUUUUUACACUAUCGUAAUUUGCAUUCCCACAUAAGUUUGAGUGUUAUGAAAACAUUCCUUUAAAAGCGAUCUGUGCUACAAAAAAUAUGCCAGGACCUCACAGACAAAGCCAUUGCUAGAAAUGUCAUUCCGAUGUCCAAUCUGGAAACAGGCUGCCAUAACCACUUUUCCUUCCUGUAGACUCAGCUCACCUGUAUAUUAAACUGUUCUUGGCAUCUUGAAACACCUGUUUCUACUCAGGUACUCAUUUUCCUAUUACUAAUUCACUUUUCUGAUCCUUUUAAACCAGUUUUCCCCUAAGGGGGAGAUUUUACUUAAUCUCUAGUAUCUGAAUAACUGUCAAUAUUUUAAUUGUUUCCCCAUUUGCUUUUUCCUGUACUGUAUUCUUGGUCAUCUCAAAUGGCAUCUAAACCCAGCAUUCCAGAAGUUUCCAUUCCCUCCAGUUCCACCUAAUUUUUCAUCUGCUGUCCUAAUUACUGGCUGUUUCUUCUUUAUGUCUUAUUUCUCUUGCUUUGGGAACUUGAAAGAUUUUAUAAGACCUAAUUUUGGUUCCUGCCUUGGAGCCAUAGUUAUCCUGCCAAGAAGAGUAGAAAAUGGGUUCAACUCCUGUUUCACUCCAACACCUCCGUGAGUCUCAUCAUCACCUGAGCGAUGAUGCCUUACAGGUUGCACAGCACUGGAACUUUCCUAGAGUAAUGGCUCUACUGUCAGGGUUUCUCUGGGCUCAUUCUUCCACUGACUUAAUUAUCAUCUAUGCCUAACAGAGCCCCAGUACAACUAUUUUGCAGAAUGGCUGUUACCCUAGAAUUACUAUAGCACAUAAUGAGACAUAGUCGUACUCCCUAGUAGGUAGGAACUGACCCCAACAAUAAACUUUGAUAAUAAAGACA